AUGGCCGCACGUGUUUCAAGACUAAAGAAAAACAUCCCUGCAAAUGAAGUUAUUUCCAUGAUAGAAGAUUCCUUCCCUCUUGACCAACCUAAAACAACGCAAAACCUGCUAGAAAAUAGCUCAGCCACUCCAAUUGAAGAAUCAAUCCAGAGGGCCGUUGAAGCUGCCAAUCUGUUGAAACCAAAUCAAGAAGACUCGGAUGUUGCUGAUGAGUACGACCAUGAUCUAAACUAUGACCCGACAUCCACCACUGAGUCCUCUGAAAAUGAAGACCAAGAAGCCGUGGAAGAAAAGAAGUGCAAAACAACCAAAAAGAAACGACAUAAACACACCUCCCCACAUACAUGGAAGCAAAAUGAGUGUAAGGCCAAACGGUUUAAGGGAAUGCCAUAUAAGACCAAAAGUGGCAAAGAAAUCUCCUUAAAACAGAAGAAAGUUGCCGAGGGAUCCCGGCGUACGUCUUCAUAUUCCUACAAACUGAAACUUGAGGAUGGAACAGCUUACCAAGUGUGGAAGAAAUUGUUUGCCUCAACAUUCGGUCUCCCUGAACGAACUAUUGCUUCAUGGGCAAAUGAAAACCCCGACGGCUAUGAUAACCACGCAGCAGCCAUAUCAACCAAAACUGGACCCAAAAGUGGUAAUAAAGCAAAACUUCCUCCUGAAGUCACAGAUUUUGUUAAGGCCUGGUUGAAGGACCUUCCCACUGUUGACUCGCACUACUGUAGGAGCUCUGAGACCUACAAAGACAAGAAGUUUCUACAUCCAGGCACAACUAUCGCUCAACUUCACCGAGAAUAUGAACAGACAGCAGCAACUACUGAAGUGAGGGCUGUUCGCAUCAAGUACUUCACAGAAUGUUUCCAUGAAGGCAAUUACUCGGUCUUCGUCCCCCGCAAGGAUCAGUGUGAUGUGUGUGUCUCUUUUAAACAUGGUAAUCUGACUAAGGCUGAUCAUGAUGCACAUAUCAACAGGAAAGAUGAAGCAAGAAAUGAGAAAACCCAGGACAAGGAAUCUGCAAACAACAUGAAGUCUGUUUGGACUAUGGACUUGCAAGCUGUUCUCCUGUGCCCACAAACCAAAGCAAGCAGCCUGUACUACAAAACUAAACUGCAGGUGCACAAUUUUACCCUCUUUGACUUAAACUCAAUGGACGGGUAUUGCUACCUAUGGGAUGAGUCGGAGGGUGAUCUCAGUAGUGAGGUCUUUGCACACCUUCAGUAUCGCCAUUUCGAAAGAAUAAUCAGAGAACAUCCUGAAAUUAAGGAAAUUGUGGUGUGGAGUGAUGGUUGCGGAUAUCAGAACCGUAAUGUGAAUGUCACUAAUUCUUUCUCUGAGCUUUCCAGGAAACACGAGGUUGUCAUUACCCAGUAA